AUGGCACAUUUAUCUGAAUCAUCUAAUAAUGACGAUAUUAAUAUGAAUAAUCUUCAUAUUGAAGACAAGAAGAACGACGUGCGCCGAUCAAGUGUACUUGAUGAAGGAACAUUGAGGGAAAAUGAGAGUGAAUCGAAACAUGAACAGCGUCUUGAUGCUCUAAAAAAUGCGUAUGGAAUAAUGUUAAAUAGUGUUGGCGAAGAUGCAAUGCGUCAAGGUCUAUUGAAAACACCAGAACGUGCCGCUAAAGCAAUGCUUUUUUUUACUAAAGGAUAUGAACAAUCAGUACGAGAUGUUGUUAGUGAUGCUAUAUUCGAUGAAGAAUGUGAUAAUAUGGUAGUUGUUAAAGAUAUUGAUAUAUAUUCACUUUGUGAACAUCAUUUGAUACCCUUCUUUGGUAAAGUAUCGGUAGGUUAUUUACCCAAUAAACGUGUUAUUGGACUGAGUAAAAUAGCAAGAAUUGUCGAAAUCUUCAGUCGUCGUCUUCAAGUGCAAGAACGUUUAACUCAACAGAUUGCUCAAGCUAUAGAAGAAGCUGUUCAACCAUUAGGUGUUGGUGUUAUCGUUGAAUGUGUACACAUGUGCAUGGUUAUGCGUGGAGCAGAAAAAGUCAACUCACGUACAACAACAUCAGCUAUGCUUGGUAACUUUCGUCACAAUGCAAAAACACGCGAAGAAUUUUUAAUCAUUGGACGCAACAGCUCUUUUUGA